AAGCUUUGGGCUGUGUUCUGUGUUGCCGAGUUGCUGUUGCUCCUUGUGCUGCGUCAGCGUUGUGUGUCUGUGGUCGUGGCGUUUGCGUGUGGAACUGUGGAGUCAAUCAAAAAUGGCUGCUGUUGUUAGUGCACCAAUUCCUCCCAUUAAUCAAACCAAUCUGGAAAAAGUAGAAAGCUUUUUAAAUGAUCCUUUGUAUAAAGAAAGCAUAGAAAGUUCCUUAAAUUACAAUACAAGAUUAUGUAUCGAAAGAAGAUUACGACUUCCGUUCAUAGACACUCAAACAGGCGUAGCACAAAACCAUUCUGCAUUAUUUAUGCACAAAAGACAGCGAAUUCCUGGAUUGGUUCCGGGACAAAUUUAUGCAUAUCCCAGACAAAGGUGGCGAAAGAAACGAAGACAGUACUUAAUCAUGAAUUCACGAGCAUUUGCUAGAGCUGCGGACUCAAUGUUGGAUGGUGAAGUUGAUAUGCAUAAUAUUUCGCAAAUUGAAAAUCCGGCUUUACAAGACACAGAUAGUAAAGAUAGUCAACUGUUAUUAAAGGACGAUGUUUCCAAGGAUUGGUAUUAUGAUGAUCAAGACAUGUUAGAAAUGGAUACGUAUGAUGAACCUGAUCCAGAUUCUGAUCUAGAUUAUGAAGAAACAUAUAGUAAAAGAAGUAAAAGGAAAAAGACUACAACCAGGGGUCGAGGAGGCACAGAUUCACCCAAUGCUCCAGGCAGAAAGAAAGGCAGUGGAAGAGGUAGAAAGAAGGCAGUUCACAGUUUUGAGCCAACGCCUGGCGAUCCAGAGAAACCAUUUGCUUGUGAACUGUGCGGAGCGCGUUACAAGACUCGGCCCGGGUUGACAUACCACUACAGCCAUUCACACAAAGAGGGCGCUAGUGAUGAAAACUCGCGCGACAGUAAUGCCCCCACCCCUUCCUCACAGCUUGGCGCAGCGCUGAUUCAGGCCCCGCACGGUCUCAACCCGCCCAUGAUGGGUGGGAUGUUGCCUGGGCCCGUCAUGUCUCAGCCACCCAUGCUGGGGGGGAUGGGGGAAGAGGCCCCUUCUGCCAUACCUCAAGGGCCCGCCAUCCAAGGACAUGUGUAUCAAGAUAGUUAUGUUUCCUUUUUGAACCAGACACCCGGUACACCGAGUCGCCGAGGCCGUCAACCAAACCCACCGCCUCCUAUACCUCCACAAAUCAUGCAACAACCACCAUCACAAUCGAACACACCUCCCACUCUCCCCCCAAAUCUUCCUGCUCAACCAUCUCCUCCUGUUGAUGAUCCUCCGAUGCCUGUUUUGCUUCCAGAAAAAAUCGAUCCUCCUCCAUCUACGUCAAUGGACUGUGGUAAAGAUAAAGCGGCACCUAGUCCGUAUUGUGACUUUUGCUUAGGCGAUUCAAGAGAAAACAAAAAAACCGGAGUAAUGGAGGAACUCGUUUCAUGUUCAGAUUGUGGCAGAUCAGGUCAUCCAACAUGUCUCCUGUUCACAGAAAACAUGAAAAUAUCAGUAAAAAAAUACAGUUGGCAGUGUAUUGAAUGUAAAUGUUGCUCAGUUUGUGGAAAUUCAGAUAACGAUGAUCAGUUGUUGUUUUGUGACGACUGUGAUCGUGGUUAUCAUAUGUACUGUCUAUCCCCGCCUUUGACUGAUCCGCCAGAGGGAUCGUGGUCCUGCAAACUAUGCAUCGAGCAAUUCCAUAAAUAAUAAUAUUACUAUUAAACAAAAUUUUUGAAGUUUUCCAUUUGUUUGAAGUGUAAAUGAAUAUAGAUUUAGUUUAAGUAUUUUUUUUAUAAUUAGUACUUAGAAUAAGAUUAAUAUGUGCACUAGGUACUUAAUAUGAUUAUUACAGUACUUAAAAUUUACUUUGGCCUACUCUAAAACUUUUUUAAUGCUAUGAGUCGUUUUAAGAGUUUGUUUUUACAGCUACCUCGACGAAUUAUAAUUUGUAAGUACCUAACUAAGUGACUAAUUUUUGCGAAGAUACUUUGUUUUUUAUACUUUACAUUAAACUGUGACAAUAUUUUUAACAAAUUAUAUAUUUUUUAUGUAUAAUUGCCCAUGUAAUUAUUUUCAUGGCAGAAAAAUAUAUGUAUAACAUUUUA